AUGCCUAGUGCUAGACGUAAUUCUAAUCGUAAUUUUAAUGCCCGAGUACCAUUAAAUAUUUACCAAGUACCAUCUUCUCAGUCAUCACUGUCAACAACAGUUACAACAACAACAAACAUAACCUCAAAUAUAUCAACAAGUUCAUCAUUAUUAAAUGAUGAAAAAAAAUAUAGUGAUAAUGUAAAUAACGUAAAUCGACUUUUAGCACCUAAACAUGUGCCAAUACCAACGGUACCAGUUGAUGGACAGCUUACAUUCGAAGCCAUUUCACUUGGUAUAUCUGUCAUCGCUGCAUGCUUACAGUUGCUUAAUUUAUAUCGCACUGUCUGGUGGCUGCCACAAUCUUACAAUGACAAUAGCAUAAAUUUUUAUCUUAUAGAUCCUUAUUUCAUCAUUUUUAUCAUAACAAUGAUAACAAGGCGAUUUAUUUAUGCAUUGUUAAGGCGAGUUGUUGAUUCCUUAAGUCCAGCUAGAUGGAUACCUAUGGCACAAAAAGUAAUGAGGAUUGUCUUACUUGUAGUUAUAUUAGCAAUACUUGUAUUUUGUCUUUAUUUAAUAAAUGAACGUCACAAUUCUAUGAAAGUUUUUUAUCUUUGUUAUCCGUAAGUAUCUAAAAUUAUUUUUAUUAUGCACUAGAAGUAUAUCAGUGUAUUUUUUCAUGUUUGGUAUGAGUAUUGAUCCAUUUUUCGAUAUAACAAGUCCACCAUUAUACGUUAAAGAAGAUCGAAAAACAAAGUUUUUAUUAGACAAACCUUUACAUAAUUGUUCAUUGAAUGCAUCAGCAAUAAGAGCAGAAGUAUCAAGCUUACGAUCAGAUUUUAAUCGCCGAUUAAAACGCGCUCUUUUUGCAUCAUCUGGUAGUGCUUAUGUUUGUGGAAUAGCACCAAUUAUUUUUGUUCCUCAAUAUCUUCAUUUUAAUAUAUCCUGGAUUAUUCAACAUAUUGUUCUUUUUUGGCUUGGAAGAUUAAGUGCACAUUUUGCUCAAGCGUAUCCAGUCAGAUAUUGCGAUGUAUUACAUCGCGCAGCAUUACACCUAGGUAAAUGGUCAAAAAUAGACAGCCGUAAUGUUCAUUUAGUAGCACAAUUGUGGAAUGAAAAUACACUUUGGCCUCAUGGGUCAAUAGUUAAACAUAAUAGAGAAUUUUAUCGUUCAAAAGGUCUUUGUACGACUGCUGAACCUGGUAAUUCAAGUCAUUGUCGAUUUUAUACACUUUUUAAUAAUCCAACAAUGCUUCUGUGUUCAUUGUUAGGAUUACAAUUGUUAUUAGUAUCGGUACAAAUAUUGAUAUUGUUACGUGCUGUUGAAUGGUACCAAAUUCUGUCAAUGACAUUAUUAUUAAUAACAAACUAUUAUACUCUUUUCAAAUUAGCACGAGAUUUUCUAGUGUGUUGGAAAGUUUAUCGUACGGAACAGAUAAUACAGGAAAAAGCACAAACUGCCAUAAUUACUAAUCAAUAA